AUGGCUUCCGUUUACAAGACCCUGUCGGGUACAGAGAACCAUGAGAAGGAGACGGGAGAAAAGAGAAACAAGCAGCGCGUGCUCAUUCUGAGUUCGAGAGGUGUCACAUUUCGCCAUCGCCAUCUGCUGCAGGACUUGUACUCGCUCAUGCCCCAUAGCCGGAAAGAGGCGAAGCUCGACACCAAGACCAAGCUCUACCAGCUCAACGAACUGGCAGAACUAUACAACUGCAACAACGUACUCUUCUUCGAAGCCCGCAAAGGAAAGGAUCUCUACUGCUGGAUGUCCAAGCCCCCCAACGGGCCCACGGUGAAAUUCCACCUGCAAAACCUGCACACGAUGGAGGAGCUAAACUUCAUCGGCAACUGCCUCAAAGGCUCGCGCCCCAUCCUGUCCUUCGACGCCGCCUUCGACAAGCAAGCCCACCUGCGCGUCAUCAAAGAGCUCUUCACGCAGAUCUUCGGCGUGCCCAAGACAGCGCGAAAAGUAAAGCCCUUCGUCGACCACGUCAUGGGCUUCACCGUCGCAGACGGCAAGAUCUGGAUCCGCGUCUUCCAGAUCAGCGAGACGGAAGCGGGCAAGAAGCCCGUCAACGAGGAAGAAGCCGCCGCCGCUGCCGCCGCCCCAAAGAAAAAGAACAAAACCGACUUCGACGUCAGCCUCGUCGAGAUCGGCCCCCGCUACGUCCUCACCCCCAUUGUUAUCCAGGAAUCAAGCUUCGGUGGCCCCAUCAUCUACGAGAACAAGGAGUUCGUCUCCCCCAACACUAUCCGUUCCGAUUUGCUCAAGGCAAAGGCCGGGCGCUUCAAUAGGAGGACGGACGCGGCUACGGAUUCGAGGGCUAAGCUUGCGGAUCUGGGGCUUACGAGCCAUGGAGGGAGGAAGAAGGAGAAGGAUCCGUUGAGCGAUCAGGUGCUGUUCCAGUAA